UCAGUUCUGUAGCUAUGCUAUAUCUGUACUAUUUCAAUAAAAUAAAAUAAAAACUACCAUAUUUACCACCGAAAAAUUUAUGGUCAGAUCAGGGACCAUUAAGAUAGUAAAAGUGGAUGUAAUUGACGCCAUGGAUAACCAAAGCGCAACCACGUCGGAAGAAGUAGCAGCAGCCAGGCCUAGCAAUUCAUCAUCGGCUGCAACUGCUAGGAUUAGUGACCAGCAACUUGAUGUCAAGGUUAUGGGAAACAAUGAUGUGAUGAUCAGGGUUCAAUCAGAGAAUGUGAACUAUCCAGGUGCUAGGUUAAUGUCAGCACUUCGUGAAUUGGAGUUUCAAGUUCACCAUGCAAGCAUGUCGUGUGUUAAUGGGCUUAUGCUCCAGGACAUUGUUGCAAAGAUCCCUUAUGGAUUGACAACUGAAGAAGCCAUUAAAUCUGCUCUUCUCUGGAAGCUACAGUCCAUGACAUGUUUGAUAUCGAAAGGCUAGGGAAUCUACUCUUAUUGUGUUUAUGUGAACCUGCAACAGCAAUAUAUAUAUAUAUAUAUAUAUAUAUAUAUAUAUAUAUGUAUGUAUAAUACGAAUAGAAGGGACAAUAAUCAACAUAUAUAGAUAUAUAUAUGUAUAGCAGUAUUUGUUUUUUUUUAAGUGGUUAGACUUAACAUAGAAUGUUUAAAGGUGUAAUGGUUAGAAUUAUAAAUAAAUACUAGUUAUUAAUAUUUAUUAGUAUUUAUUUAUAAUUAAUUAUAUUUAAAUAAAAUUAUU